AGACUCCUGUGUUCAGUGGCUGGGUGUGCCCUGGCACUCUCCCCUACUUCAGCAUCACCUAUAUUCUCUGACCCUCUACAAGGGCAUAAAUUUGCUCAAGGUUACAACAGUUGGCUUCCCUUCCCAGGAAGGAAGCACGAAGUGUUGGGGAGAAGAGUUCCCACCUAGGAGGCCAGCUACCAUGUUGAUGGGGAGCUGUGUAGCACUUGAGAGUUCCUGAAGAGGAAGGGAGGCUCAGGUCAUAAACACGCACCCACGUGGGCAGUUGUAGCCAGAGAGGCUCCAGGGAACUGCUGAGGCCCAGGGAAUGGGAGAAGCCAGGAAGGGGACCAGGACAAACUGAUGACUGUCAGAUGAGGACUGGGGGCAACAGCUAACAGUCUUCCUGCGAGUCCAGAUUCUCAGCUUCAAGGUGAAAUGGAAAUGUGGCCGAGCUGCGAGAUUUCUUCUAUGCACAUGAGAAGUCAAGAGAGUAUCAGGACCCGCAACAGCUUCUGCAAGUGCUUCAGGAAGUCUUUGUUCAACUGUUUUUCCAGGGAUGGGGCAGGUGUAGUCCAGAACACCUGGCUGCAGUCCAAGGAAUUCUUGGGCUUGUUUCCCAUCUAGCUCCCGAUUAACUCCCUGGGGUUGCAUUUUACAUGCAGGGCUCUCUCUCCCUCCAUAACCUCACCAAACAAAGAACUGGCCCUUGCUCCUCCUCAAGCUAUUUUGUUAUUGUGUUGACGUGUAUAUUUAAGGUGUGCUUCAGGAAUUUCAGUUACCACUAAACAAAUGUCUUUAGACCCCAGUGUUAUUGGCAGCAAUGGCAAGAGGUGGACUGGCCUGUUUGUACCUGCAAAUUGGGUGCCAUGGGCUUACUCUCCUACAGUAACUCCCCACCCCCACGCCCUGUUGUUAUUAGCAAUUCUGUUAUUUUAGACUUAACCUGCCGUCUGUUGUUUUCAAUGUGGACCUGCAGUGGCCAGAAAAUCAUCUCUGCAGAAUUUACUAAUGGCCCCUGCAGUUCCAAGGCAUACUUCUCCCUGGCAGUAAACAAUCUUAGGCCGUUUGGGGAUGGGAGAGCAGCAAGCAGGGACGGUCCCCCAGGCACAGGUGAAAACCCACUGCUGCUGGGCUGAGGGUGGUCUCCAGCUGGCUGGAGCUGGCGCACAGGCAAAGCCGGGACUGCUGGCUUCAGCAUCCAAGGCCCGGCCCCACAGGUGCUGGAGUGGGGGGCCGCUCGGGGUUCUCGGGGCUGGGACACCGCUGGAGACUGCUGGAACCAGGGCUAGGCUCAGGUGCAGUCCACCGGGGGUGGGGUUGGGGCUUGCGGGCCGCCUUGAUGCUUUCUAGGUGGACGGUGGGUGACAGGUCCCGAGGAGACGCUCCAUUAAGGUCGCAGAAGACAGGGCUCGCUUUAACCCACCGUGUCCUGAUGGGGAAGAGGCAGCAGCAGCCCCCGGGCCGGCGCGGGACCGACCUGUAUGGCAGGACCAGCGAGCAACCCCGGACGGGCCCAGACACGCCGGCCGCCAGGCAGAACCCCAGCACCCAGGCUGCCCCAACGCCCAUGACACCGCGGCUCCUGGGACCGGAACGACGGCACCCGGGCGGAAGUCGACUGGGACGCCUGGUCGGAACUGCGCCUGCGUCGUCCCGGCGCCCGGCGCCGAGGAGCGGGGCCGCGCAGGCGCCGUGGGACUCGGAGCUGCACGGAGCUGCGCGGUGACGGAGGAAUUACCCUGCUGAAAUGCAGAGAGAAAAGAGUGAAAAAAACCAACGCAGAUCAGAACAUCCAAGAACGUGGAGCCAUGUCAAACGGUGUAAGACGUUUCUUGUUGGAAUCUCAGCUGAAGAGAAAAAAAUAUAUUUUCCUAACGAAUAAAAGGUCCAAAGUAGGAAUCAAAGGCUUUGCUUCAAGAAACACCAUCUUUGUACGCUACAUUUAUGAAGGCCAUAGCAGAGAGCUGGAUUGGAAGAGGAGCAGCCGGGACUAGAAUCGGCGCCCAUAUGAGAUACUUGCGCUGCAGGCAGAGGAUUAACCUACUGUGCCACAGCGCCGGCCCCUAAGGCUAUUCACAGGGAGCUGGACGCGGAGCAGUCAGGAUAUGAACCAGCAUUCAUGUGGGACGCUGAUCGCAGGCAGCAGUGUUACUUGCUGUGCCACAAGGAGGGGCCUGGCCCUGUGUCGAUGGCGGGUGAGGCAGAACACCAUGCCCUAGGUGUGUUUGAGUGCCAGCUGUGUGCCUUGACAGCUCCCUACAGCUACGUGGGCCAGAAGCCUCCCAACACCCAGUCUGUUGUGCUCCUGGAGGAGAGCUACGUCAUGAAGGAUCCCUUCUCCUCGGACAAGGCCACGUUCCUGGUGCUGGGCUCGCGGUGCAGCUUAUGCAGCAGGCUGGUGUGUGUGGGCCCGGAAUGCAGUCUGUUCUACGCCAAGCGGUUCUGCCUGCCUUGCGUCCGACAGCACCUCAGUGCAUUCCCACAGGAAAUUCGGCAAGACGUGGAGAAAAGGACCGCCCCCUCCAAGAAGAUCUCCAGCCAGCACAGGUCUCAGACAUGAGCUGGGGCCAGGCAGUGGGCAGCACCCUGCAGAGCUGGCUGCCUGGGGCGCCCUGAGCUGAGAGCCCUGUGCCCAGCCUUGUUUCUGGACUGUGUGGGGCAGCAUCUGUGCCCGAGGGAGCCGGGUCCAGCCCGCAGUUGCUGCAGGCCAAAGGGCUGUGCUGGGAGGUGACCCAGAGACCGGCAUGGGCCCAGAUGUGCAGCGACUCCAGCCUGCAGCUGCAGAGCCCCCCAGGGUGAGGCCUCCGAGUGGGUGGCCGGGCAGCCCUCCUCCAGGAGGACGUUUCCACUGAGAGGCCACCGGGGGGAGAGGGGGGCCCGUGGGAAGGUGCCAGGGUAUCUAGGAGCCAUGGAACAGGCAGAGGGCUGUGAUGCUGGGUCUGUCAGGGAAGAAGUCGUGACGAUGGCUGCCCCAGGAGCAGGACGGUAGAAGUGGAGGGGUACAGUUUCCACUUUGCAUCCCUGUGUGGUGCUCAGGAGGUAUUUUUAAUCUUGCCCAAUGUGUUCAUAAAGAACCAGCUUUAAGAAGUAAUCCUGGGCCAGCGCCCUGGCUCAAUAGGCUAAUCCUCCACCUUGCGGCGCCGGCACACCGGGUUCUAGUCCCGGUCAGGGCGCCGGAUUCUGUCCUGGUUGCCCCUCUUCCAGGCCAGCUCUCUGCUGUGGCCAGGGAGUGCAGUGGAGGAUGGCCCAAGUGCUUGGGCCCUGGACCCCGUGGGAGACCAGGAGAAGCUGCCAUCGGAUCAGUGCGGUGUGCCAGCCACAGCGCGCCAGCCGCGGUGGCCAUUGGAGGGUGAACCAACGGCAAAGGAAGACCUUUCUCUCUGUCUCUCUCUCUCACUAUCCACUCUGCCUGUCCAAAAAAAACAAACAAACAAACAAAAAAAAACAGUAAUCUUUCCACUGAAACACCUGCAGAGCCAGUGUCCACCAAGGGUGCAGCCACGGCUGGGCUCCUGGGAAGCCGAGUGUUGGCCUCCAGCUGGUUCAGUUCCCAUGGGCUCUGGCCGUGCUCCCGCUCAGGCCUGAUUGCAUUCUCUGCCCACCCGCAGUCAGGACUGCCACAGCGUCCUCACCCAUGCUAGCCCUUACCAUCGUGAACACAGCUCUGCCUGGCAAGUCCAGCCCGCACCGCCUACUGGAUGUUCCCACAGCACCCCCACCCACGGCUUCCACGGUAGCAGUUGGUGGCUCACUGUGUACCCCCGGGACAACAGUCUGUGAUCACUGCAAGGCCAGCUGUCAUGUCUGAUGAAAAAUGAAUAAAGAUUUCACACAGUGA